AUGUCGGCCUCUCCCCCAAAACAGGAGGGUGUGGAACCAGUCCAGUCGCCUGACGAAGAACAGCCCAUGGACAGGAACACAGAGGAGAACACAGCUCAGAUAGGUUACGAAUUCGAGGUCAAGGAGCAAGACCGAUGGCUUCCAAUCGCCAAUGUCGCGCGAAUCAUGAAAAUGGCGCUCCCCGACAACGCCAAGAUAGCCAAAGAGGCCAAAGAAUGCAUGCAGGAGUGCGUGAGCGAGUUCAUCUCAUUCAUCACCAGCGAGGCGUCCGAAAAAUGCCAGCAGGAAAAGCGCAAGACUGUCAAUGGCGAGGACAUUCUGUUUGCCAUGACUUCACUCGGCUUCGAGAACUACUCAGAGGCCCUCAAAAUCUACCUAUCCAGGUAUCGCGAAUUCGGUUCAUCCGGGUCCGGCGGGCCCGCAGGCCCAGAGGGUCAACAGCAUGUACUGAGUGGCGACUCCGAAAUGGCCGAAGACGGCACCGCCUUUGGAUACACGGUCCACAACGGAAACGGGAACGAGUACUAG